CGAGUAGUAUGCGGGGUAGCUUAUCAGAGUGAUUGAUACAAAUACUUCCUGUCCUGCCUUUCCCAAAAUAGCGACGUAGUAGUUAUACUGCAUUACAUUGGAAGUCCAUAUUCCUGUCUCUAGUCGACCAGCUCAGUAAGCUUUUGUAAAAAAAAGUUUCAAUACAGCUGUAUAUAAUGCCGGAAAUUCGCAAGGUCUGCAAGGUCAGCUUGGACAAGCCUGCUGCUGAGCAGUCAGCUUUACAUAACAGAUGGCACCCGGAUAUCCCGUUUGCGGGAACCAUUAAGAAUGGCGAAACAGUGAAAAUUGAAUGCGUUGACUGGACCGGCGGACAAAUCGGCAACAACGACUCUGCAGACGAUAUUCGCAAUGUCGACCUCACCAAGAUCCACUAUCUCAGCGGCCCCUUUGAGGUAGAGACGGCCGAGCCGGGAGACCUCCUGCUGGUUGAGAUCAUGGACGUUCAGCCGUUUGAGGACCAGCCAUGGGGCUUCACGGGUGUCUUUGACAAGAGCAACGGGGGAGGAUUUCUCGACGAGAUAUACCCAUCCGCAGCCAAGGCGAUCUGGGACUUUGAGGGCAUCUACUGCACAUCCAGGCAUAUUCCUCACGUCAAGUUUGCCGGCCUGAUCCACCCGGGCAUCCUCGGCUGUGCCCCUUCCGCCGAGGUCCUGGCCGAGUGGAACAAGCGCGAGGGGGAUCUCAUCGCCGCCAACAAGCUCGAGCGCGACGUGGCCAAGCCGCCUGAGCCGGUCAAUGUCCACGCCGGCGCUGCGGAUGCCAGUCUCACCGCCAGGGUUGGUAAGGAGGGUGCGAGGACGAUUCCUGGAAGGCCCGAGCAUGGAGGUAAUUGCGACAUCAAGAACCUGAGCAGGGGUAGUAAAGUAUACCUGCCUGUUCAUGUCUCCGGAGCCAAGUUCAGCGUCGGAGAUCUGCACUUUUCUCAGGGUGAUGGCGAGAUAUCCUUCUGCGGUGCCAUCGAGAUGGCCGGUGUCAUAACCAUCAACUUCAAAGUGAUCAAGAACGGGAUGGCAGACCUCGGCCUAAAGUCACCCAUCUACAUCCCGGGUCCGGUAGAGCCUCACUUUGGGCCGGGCCGCCACAUCUACUUUGAGGGCUUCAGCGUGGACCAGCACGGCAAGCAGCACUACAUGGACGUCACGGUCGCUUACCGUCAGACGUGUCUUCGAGUGAUCGAAUACCUGCGGCGCUUCGGGUACAGCGACUACCAGAUUUACCUGCUCAUGUCAUGUGCUCCGAUCCAAGGGCACAUCGCUGGCAUUGUUGAUAUUCCCAAUGCAUGCACCACUUUGGGCCUCCCUAUGGACAUCUUCGACUUUGACAUCAGUCCCUCGGCGGUGCCGGCCAAGAAGCUGGACAUGGGCACUUGUGCCUUUGAGACUGGUGUGACGGAGGGUAAAGUGACCAAGGGCGGCGAGAACAGCGAGCAUUCCUUCGGUGGCGGCAUGACCUAUAAGUCCUAAUGUGUAAGAUGCAACCAUGGUCGUGUCUUUUUGUCGUGUCAUUAUUUGCUUUCUGCGCACGAUCGGACCAACAACUUAUGAACAGGCUGUGGGGUAGACGGUAAAUCACGGAACGUGUCAAGCUAUAGGGGGCAUUCAGCAUAUGAGUUUUCCAAAUAGCCCAGCCUAUUUAUCCUCAAUUUGUUCAAAACUCUGGUGCCCAGUUGCGUUGCUGUGCUCAUUUGCCCCCUUGACAUCACCGAGCCAGUUGCAACCCGGGACCAUGCACUGAAUGACGAUAGUGUUGGUGUCAGUGUAGUACCCGGACCUUUGAAGCCUCUCUGCGAGCACUCUGGCUCUCCUAAGUGCUGAAUCGUUGCCAAUAUCGAAGCGGACGAUGUCCGUCUCAUGAGGAUAGUCAGGCCCGGGAGCUAGCACAAUCCUGUCGUAAUGAAUGCCGGAAUACAACACCAGGCAUCGCUCCGUCUUGUCCUCGCCGUGUGGGAAUACCUCCAAAGUCUGUCAAGGUCCAGAGUCAGAUAUGCAAAAAGGGGGCGCGGAAAUUCACGACACAAUGCACGUGCUAACGAACCUUGACAUCCACCGCGACAAUUUGUAUGUCGUAGAUGGCACUGAGUACGGACAUCUCGAUUGAUCCACCCCAGAAGUCUCU